GCUGCCAUCUUGGUCUUGGAAAAAUGUUCUGUACAAAUCGGUCAAAAUACAGUAUUUUAAUGUAAUUUGUAAACGGGAAUGAGCUUCAAAAGCUGUAGAUAAUGUAACAAGGGAUUCAGAUAUUGCAAUCCUUGAAGUGUAGAAAAAAUGACAACAAUAUCACCACAAACCAAAUUCAUUCCAAAGAAACUUGGAAUUGAAGUAAAUGACAGUGUAACAUGGCAGGGAUGGGAACCAGGCGGCGAAUAUACAAAGCAUAUUAUACUUAAAAAUGUACAAAUCAAAACACAGAAGUUGAAAUACAGGGGUCCAUCAACAAGGUUUUUUACAACUCUGUACCCUAAACCUAUUGUGCUAAGUUCUGGGACAAGUUUUAGUCUUCCAGUUACUUUCAGACCUCUUGAAAAAGAUCAGUAUGAAGAUAUAAUUGAAUUUGAAACUAAUAAUGGGGUGUUUUCCAUUCCUAUGAGAGCUGUCCUUCCAAAACCUAAUGUCAAUAUUCCAGAAUCUAUCAACUUUGGGAUGUGUGCUGUGAAAGAUUCUAUUGAAUUGACAUUUGAAAUUAAAAAUACCAGUGAGCUUAUCACGUCAUUCCAGUGGGAACUCUCAGAACCUUUUACCUUUGUUCCAUCAAGUGGGACACUUUCCCCAAAGACUACUUGUUUGAUUAAAGCAACAUUUACUCCAAAGGCAGCAUUUGUUUAUGAAGCUACAGCUAUCUGUAAAUAUGCACACGACAUUGAAAAUAAAGACGUAAAGUCAUUGAAAGUUGAAGGCAUUGGUAAAUUUCCUCAUAUUGUUGCAAGUGCAUUGGGACAAAACAGGUCUACUGUGUCUGUACAUGGUCAUGAAGUCUUGGUGGAUUUUGGGGAAGUUCCUGUACAAACAUUAGCUGAAAAAAUAAUUGAAUUACACAACUUUUCACCAGUGAAUGCACCAUUCCAGAUCCUUCAACCUUCACUGGCAUCCAACAUAGACACAGUGUUCUCUUGUUCUCAGUUUCAUGGAGUCAUUGGUGCUAACAGUACAGCAAGGAUAAAGGUUUCCUUCAGCCCACACUCACCUGGUAUAGUGUCAACUGACACUUUUGAGGUUGUAGCGCUUGGUGCCACUAACUGUUCGGUUAUAAAAUGUGUUGGCAGAGGAAAAGGUCCAUCUGUCUCCCUUGAUAAUUCACAUCUUGAUUUUGCUGUUGUGGAAUCUGGUAAAUGGAUGUCAAGAACAUUUAAGAUUGUUAAUUCAUCAAGUGUUGCUGCUGCUUUUCAGUUCUUGAUUGACUGUAAUCAGAGUGUUUUCAAGCUGAAUAUGACCUGUGGAAUGCUUGCUGGUGGAGAAGCAAAAACUAUAAAUGUUCACUUCACUCCAAGCCAUCCAAUAAACUAUAACAGGAGAUUAGUAUGCCUUGUACAAAAUCAAGAUCCACUCUUCAUUGAUUUGUUUGGAACCUGUCACACUGAACAAAUCAAGCCAGCUCCUCUCCAAUGGAAACAUCUAGUACGAUACCACAAGCAUGUCAGCAGAGGAUUGUCUAAGAUACCUCCUGAGCAACUCAAUAACAUGUUACAAGAAGGUAAACUGCAAUUGGACGAAGAAGGAGGACUGUUGCCAGUAGAGGGUGUCUCAUCAAGUAUCAAAAACAACAACACCCCCCUGACAAAUCUAACGCCAAUGGAAGAGCUAUUUGAUGAUGGCAGCUUUGGAGAGACUUCUCUCGUGGUACCUCAUGUUAGCCUAGAUAUCCAACAUCUACCAUUUGGUAGAGUACCUGAUGCAAGGGCAGUUGAACAAAAGACUGUGAAUAUCACCAAUCACACAAGAGGGAAAAUCACUUGUCAGUGGAUGAAAGAUGGAAAAGGGAUUUUUUCUGUUUUUCCUGAGAGCUGUGAUGUUCUGCCAUUAAGGACGGCUUCAUUUCAAGUUACAUUUAGACCAAAUGCAUCAAACCAGUUUUUCAGUGCAGAGCUGGAAUGCUUUGUGUUUUAUAAGAGCACUAGAGACUUCAGACUUGUAGAAGAUAGCUCAUUCUGCCCACCUUGGUGUCUUACACUUAGCACAUCAGGACAAACAUUUACCAUGGGAGCUGAAACAUUCAUACCAAGAUAUGACCUGGAUACAAGAAAUUUGGUAUUUCCAGCUAUCACACCAGAUCAGGUUUCCUAUCGCACUUUACUACUAGCUAACACUGGCACAAAUCCCAUUGAGUUUGCAUUUGAUGAAGAUUCAGAUCGGAUUUUCAGUUGUCGUCCAAAGCGAGGUCUUCUGACAGAUAAAUACCAGCUCGUAGUAUUUCGAAUGACACCUCCUGAACCAAGAGUGUUUAAGCAGACUCUAAAAUGUAGAUUCAAUGAUGCAGAUAAGUUUACUCAGGAAAUAAACUUGAUUGGUUCAGCCGAGGUUCCUAAUAUCCAACUUGAGGGAGAGGGCACUCUGUAUUUCAAGCCAACAUGUAUUGGGACAUUAUCAGCAAGACCAUUGUCAGUGAAAAACACAUCACGAAUACCCUUGAGGUUUUCUUGGCGUGUACCAGGAAGUGAUGUCAAGAUACUUGCGAUUCAACCAGACAGUGGUGUCAUAAAUCCCAACGAGUCCCAGGCUCACAUAAUUAGCUUUGCACCAGCUGAAGAAAGAAAGUAUCUGGUCAAACCCAAACUGUAUGUCAACAGUAUCAAUAAUGAUAACAGCAAUGGAAGUGAAUCCAAGUAUCUUGUACGAGUGAUUGGAGAGGGUUCAGUUGGUGAAAUUGUUUGUGUAGAACCGAGUAUAGACUUCGAAGACAUUGUUGUGGGUGGGUCUUCAUCUAAAGAUCUCACAAUUCACAAUAAUAGUGACUGUAGUUUACACUAUAACAUCAUGGUUGAUCAAGAGAUUUCAGGUCCUUAUGACGAUGAGGAGAUUACAAGAGAUGUUUUAGCAAUUGAACUGAGUGAAAACAGUGACAUCAUACCAGCACGUACAUCCAAAAAGAUAACUGCCACAGUUUUUCCAGCCCGACGAGUUAACUACAGGUUUUUUCUCAGCUAUACCUUACAGUCUACUCAUGAUGACAAGCAUGUAAUCACACGUAACAAAACACCAUUGGCUGAGUUGUUUUGUCAGGGUGUAUACCCCACCCUGUCACUGUCUGAUGCUAGAGGACUUGGAAGUAACAAGGGCUUAAGCAAGGUCAAGUUGUGGAAUCUGUUUUCAUUGGAUAGUUUGAAUGAGUGUCUGGAUUCUGAUCCUUCACCACCUGAACUGAUGUACGCAGCUGCUACAAGACACAGCACUAAGCGGAGAGUACCAGUGUAUACCCGUGCUGUUAUGGACUUCAAUUUUGGUGCUGCUCCAACAGGAUCCGAUCCGUCGCUUGUCUACCUGAACUUGCAAAACACUGGAUCCGUCCCUGCUGAAUGGGCGUUUCUUUACCCGAGUGAUUUACAAUUAGAGUUAGAGUACUGGGCUGAGACAGGUGAAUAUGAGCCAGAUGAGCUCCACGAGAUGCAAGUCAUGGACAACAAACUAUUUACAGUUGAACCAAAGAAAGGAAAGCUUCAGCCAGGAGAAUCACAGACUCUUAAAUUCACGUACAAGCAUUUAUUCAAAGGCAUAAACAAACUUCCCGUCAUCUUCAAGAUCAUGAAGGGCAGAGAGAUACUGCUCAACUUUAUAGGAGUGACAGUAGAUGACGAGUCUCGUUACGUUCAUUUUGAUACUACAAAACACAUGUUUGAGCCGAUUGCUGUUGGAACUAAUUCCCCUCCUGUGCAAAUCUACGAGCUUUAUAAUGGAGGCGCACUGUCAGUCAAUUAUGAACUGGAUCUACAACCACUUGGUCAACUAGAAGGGGAAAAUUACGGGUGCCGUAUACUUGACUGCCUCAACCCGUCUGGUGAGAUUCCCCCUGGUUGUACUGCACUAAUUCAUUGGGUGUUUGCACCCUUGGAAGCUAAGACUUAUGUGGUUGAUAUUCCUAUUCGUAUCAUUGGAGGAGACACCGUUCUCGUCACCUUCACCGGCGUUGGUUUUGAUCAACGCAUCAUGGGUGAUACUAUGCGUCCACAAGAGGGCGUGUCUACAGGGGUACCGUCCAAACAAAUCGUCCCUAUUCAACGUCAGCUUGCGUCGUUUUCAACUGAGAGGAUAUCUUUGGGUAAUUUGCCGUUGUACAGCGUCUCCAGACGGAAUUUCUUCAUUUCUAACUCUUCUGUUGACCACGUGGUCUCAUUUAGAUGGAUAGUCGAGGGAACACCAGCUGAACAGGUUAUGAUGAUAGAGCCAGAUCAUGGAUACCUGCACCCUGGACAGUCGACUUUACUCAAGGUAUCAUUCUUCUCGACGGGACCGCCAUCGAUGUACGAUUUGGAUGUUCUUUGUGAGGUAGUAGAUGAGACAGAAAUGGCUGCAUUUAAUAAAAAGUUAAUCGAAUGGACAAACAAGCAAGAAGAAAGACAGUAUACCUUUACCAUUACAGAAGACGAUAUAAAAACUGAUAAAACAACCAAAAGACCACGAUCUGGACAACGCCUGAAGUCUUUAGAACAAAACAACAGCCAAUCCACAUCUAAGUCAGACAGCGAUCUACGUAAAUACAACGCUCUUCCACCGAUAAGUUCUGCAGAGAAGCGAGACAAAAAUAAAAAGACCAGGAAGUCCACUGCUGAAGAACGACCAAUAACUCCUCAGCCUACUCCCCCCGAGUCAUUCUGGCUUCAUUUAGGGGUCACGGCAAGAACUCACUCGAUUUCUGAAUUCAAUGAACACUUUUCUUCAGACAUUGGGAAUUUUAUCAUUGACCAACGGUUUAUUUUAAAUCAAGAAAAUUCAAAGGCCAAACAAGACUUGUCAGCGUUGGUAACGUGUACCCAAUCACAGAUGGGCGUGGUCACUGACCUUAUUUCUGUCAUUUUAAGAGGCCUUCUAUUCGAUGAAAAUUUCCACCACAGUUUAAAGGAGCUGGCCGAAGAACCCAUCCCUUACUUUCGUCAAUUAUGUGAAACACCCUUCAUGUAUGACGAUUCUCGACCUUCUUCAAGCAGCAGUGAGGGACAGGAGUUUGAACAGACAACACCUUCAAAAAUACGCGAUCAAGAGUCGACUGUGGAUAGUCACGUUAGUCAAGUUGCUGAAGAGUCGAGUAACGAAGAAGCUAUCCGAAAGACUCACGAAAUCACGGAGCGACCUCAGUCAUCCUUGUCAGUCGUAGAUCAUUUGAAAGAUGAAAACAUCGACCCAGAAUGGAGGGCAAGUCAAAGACAAAAGUGUAAAAACAUGCCAGAAUUCCAGUCGUUAAUCGAGGCUGUUGUAGAAAACACGUUGCACAAUAUCUUAAAUGAAGCAAGUCGCGGUGAAGUGAAUCUGUCUGCGCGUCCAAGAGUGAUAGCUUUACCUCCUAGUAGAGUUAGAACACCCAAAUAGAAUUAUUUAUAAUACCACUUAUUUUUAUCUGUAGCGAUUUUUAAUUCGCAGGAUCUUUGUAUGUAAAGUUAGUUGCAUUGUUUUGAGUGUAAAUACAAAUGGAUAAUAAAAUAUUUUAGC